GUGGUAUAAUGUCAACAAUCACGCUUUCAUAGACUUUCUACUGACGCUUUUCGGCACAGGCAUUAAUUUGGGCUACACUACGGGUCCUUCCAGCAGUCAUUUUUGCAGAGCGUCACGUGAUCGAUCUUUCCUCUCCCGACUUAGAGCACGCGAUCAUGGGCAAGUGUCGUGGACUGCGUACUGCUAGGAAGCUGCGGAACCACCGCCGUGAGCAGAAGUGGCAUGAUAAACAAUACAAGAAGGCUCAUUUGGGUACAGCUUUGAAGGCUAACCCCUUCGGUGGAGCUUCUCACGCUAAAGGAAUCGUGCUUGAGAAAGUUGGUGUUGAAGCCAAGCAGCCCAACUCUGCCAUCAGAAAGUGCGUCAGAGUCCAGCUGAUCAAGAACGGCAAGAAGAUCACAGCUUUCGUCCCCAACGAUGGCUGCUUGAACUUCAUUGAGGAAAACGAUGAGGUUCUGGUUGCUGGAUUCGGUCGUAAGGGACAUGCCGUGGGUGAUAUCCCUGGUGUACGUUUCAAGGUAGUCAAGGUGGCCAACGUGUCUCUUAUGGCCCUGUACAAAGGCAAGAAGGAGAGACCCAGAUCGUAAACUGUUCUUGUUCAAAUGACAAUAAAAGGAAUGUUUUUCAGUUCCAA